UUCUAAUCCUAUCUAUGGCUCUCUUGACUCGGCUCACUACUCCAAGCACAAGUGGUUGUCUCACUCUCCAAGCCAACUAAGCUCCAAAGGCCAAACCUAGAACCCAACAGUGUCCAACUCAAACACAGACUUAAGCAUCAUCGAAAACAAGACAUAAAGGGCGGAUUACCCCAGAGCCACCCAGCGUCUAAUCAUCAACACAACCCGAGGAAGAAAAAGCACAAAUAAAAAAGCUCAUUAUCUGCAUAGGUUGGGCAUCUUUCUUUUGAGCAAAAAACCAAGAGCUCAAGGUCAAGGCCAUGGACUCAAUGCCCCUUGUCUCCUUUUCCACAACAGAAGAGACCCCAUCUUCGUCAGCAGCAGCAACAGGUUCUUUACCUAUCCGAGCUCCUUUAACUGCUGAUUCUGAUUCUGAAUACGAAACCAACGGUCAUGAAACUGCCAGCUCUGUUGGUGGGAGUGGUUUAAGUAGUUUUGAGAACAACAGUGAGUUGGGUUCUGAAAGUGAGGAGUUUUUGAGUAGUGACGAGUUUGAGACUGCUUCUGAGAGGAGAGACCCAGAUGAGGAAACCUUAGAGGAAGAAAAUGGGAUUGGUGAAAGUUACAAAAUUUAUGUGGCCAAGAAAGAUGAUGACAUUGAUAGCAUGGAGAAUUCAAUGGAAGGGGAGGGAGAGAGUGGUGGUGAUGUUGGUUUGGUGGGUGUUUCUAGUUCGGAGCCGGUUGUUCCUAUUGCACAAUUGUCAAUGGAUGAUGAAGAGUUUUCUGAAGCGUUGAGUGAGGAGGAAAUAGUGACGGAAGUGGAAGAUGGAGGGUUUUCUGGUGUGGUUAAGGUUCCUGGUGCUGUUGAAAGUUCACACAGAAUAAAGGUGGCUUUGGGGGUUGAAGAAGGAGAUGGAGAAGGAGAAGAGUCAUUGGAGUUGAGAAGUUCUGCUUUUGUUAACCAAUACGAGUCGUCUACUCUCGUUAAGGCAGAGAUUGAGAGGAUCGAGUCAAAACAUGGUGAUGGUCAUGAGUUAGAGGAAAAGAGUUUUGUUAUGGGCAAUGAUGCUAUUCAUUCUUCUCAACCUGUGGUGAAACCUGUUGACAAGAUUAUUGUGUCCAAUAUGAAAGAAUUGAAAGUUGAGGAAACAGGGGUAGAGGCAGGAGAAAUAACGAGUUGCCAAGGUAAUGAACGGAGCCAUGUUGAUGUUAUUGAAAGUGGUGCUGUUGAUCAAGGUAGUGAAAGCAAGAAACUGGAGAAUAGAAUUGUUUUGGGAGCUGAGUUGUAUGAGCUCUUAGCUGCGAACAGAGAUGAAUCUAAUGACCAUGAUAUUAUGAUUGCAAAUACUGGGAAUGUUGGCUUGUUGAAAACUACUGACGGUGAGCAAAUUGGAGACGAAUUGAUGAGUGAUACCAACACCUUUAAAUUUGCAGCUCCAAUAUCAAAUUUAGACCACAAAGUUAAACCAGAAGCAGAAGAUAUAUCUAAGCAUGUCUCAGAAAAGGUUCUACUGCCUGAUGAAGAUGUUGUGCAACUGAUAUUUGGAAGCUCUGAAACAACCAAACAUGUAACGAAAGAAGUAGAACACGGAUUAAUGUCCACUUCUCCUUUGAAGGUAGAUUUGGAGGAGGAAUUGGAGACAUCAAGUCAGCAGAUUGUCAUGGACUCAGAUGAAGAAGUGGAAACAAAGAAGGAGCAUGAACUAAAGGAACUAUUCAAUUCUGCUGCAUUGGCUGCUCUUCUGAAAACAGCAACAGGUGCUGAAUCAGAUGGUGGUGAUCUCACAAUCACUUCUAAUGGUGGUUCUAGAGUAUUCUCUCUUGAGCACCCUGCUCACUCAGGUUCCUUGUUCCAUUCUUCAAAAGUUGAUCCACCAUCAAAUAUGGCUAAUGUCGUCUCAAAGGACAGUAUAAGUGGUGAAGAAAAGAAGAGAUUUGAGAAGUUACAACUCAUAAGAGUGAAAUUCUUGAGACUGGUAGAGAGACUAGGCCAUUCUCCUACUGAUCCAAUGGUUGCACAGGUCCUGUACAGGCUGGCCCUAGCUUUGGGUAGUCUUUUCAAUCAAGAAUUCACCCUUGAAUCAGCCAAGAGAGCAGCUAUGCAGCUUGAAGCAGAAGGUAAAGAUGACUUAGAUUUUUCUUUGAAUAUUGUGGUUCUCGGAAAAACUGGAGUGGGAAAGAGUGCAAGCAUUAAUUCCAUUUUAUGUGAGCAAAAAUCUAGAACUGAUGCUUUUGAACCAGCCACAUCUGCUGUGAAGGAGAUUGUCGGGACAGUAGAUGGAGUUAAGAUCAGAAUUUUUGAUACACCUGGUCUUAGAUCUCCUGUGACAGAAGAAGCUACUAAUCGCAAACUAUUAGCAUCUAUAAAGAGGUUUGUAAGGAAGUUCCCACCAGAUGUUGUCCUCUAUGUUGAUCGUUUAGACGCACAUGACAGAGAUCUUACCGAUUUGCUAUUACUGAAGUCACUAACUGAUUCUCUCGGUUCUUCAAUAUGGCAAAAUGCCAUUGUAACUCUCACUCAUGCUGCAUCUGCCUCCCCAGAUGGACCAUUAGGGGAACCCCUAAGUUAUGAAGUCUUUGUUGCUCAAAGGUCCCAUGUGGUUCAUCGAGCAAUCAGCCAAGCAGUUGGUGACAUGCGUCUGAUGAAUCCAAGUAUGAUGCAUCCUAUGGCUCUUGUUGAGAACCAUCCAUCAUGUCAGAGAGACAGAAAUGGAGAAAGUUUGCUUCCCAAUGGGCAAAGGUGGAGGUCACAGUUGCUACUCUUGUGCUAUUCAGUGAAGAUUUUAUCUGAAGCAAGUUCUUUGUCAAAACCUCAAGCUCCUUUUGAUCACCAGAAGCUUUUUGGCAUCCGACUUCGUUCUCCUCCUCUACCGUACUUGCUCUCUUCUCUAUUGCAAUCUCGUUCUCAUUUAAAACUACCUACCAAUCAGGGUGGUGAUGAUCUUGACUUGGAUAUUGAGUUGGGAGACUCAACAAAUUCUGAUGACGAAGAUUAUGAUGAAUAUGACCAGCUCCCACCAUUUAAGCCUCUAAGGAAAUCUCAGGUUAAAAAACUUAGCAAGGAGCAGAGAAAGGCUUAUUAUGAGGAGUAUGAUUAUCGUGUGAAGCUGCUUCAAAAGAAACAAUGGAGAGAGGAGGUGAAAAGAAUGAGGGAAAUUAAGAAGAAAGGGAAAGAUGGUGAUAAUAAUUUUGGUUAUGUUGGAGAUGAUGGAGACGUUGAAGCAGGGGAUAAUCUGGCAACUGUACCAGUUGCUUUACCCGACAUGGUCCUCCCUCCUUCCUUUGAUGGAGACAACUCUACUUACCGGUACCGGUUUCUGGAUUCCUCAUCUGAGCUUCUUAUGAGGCCAGUUUUGGACUCACAGGUUUGGGAUCAUGAUAUUGGGUACGAUGGUGUUAGCCUUGAAAGAAGUCUUGCCAUAGCCGGUUGUUUUCCUGGGGCUAUUGCUGUUCAAAUUUCAAAGGAUAAAAAGGAGUUCAGUAUCCAUUUAGAUUCCUCAGUUUGCGCAAAACAUGGAGAGAAUAAAUCUACAAUGGCGGGAUUCGAUAUCCAAGCUGUUGGAAAACAGCUUGCUUACAUCUUCAGGGGCGAAACAAAAUUUAGAAAUUUCAAAAUAAACCAAACAACUGCUGGUUUAUCAGUUACUUUCUUAGGUGAAAAUGCGGCUACUGGACUUAAGAUUGAGGAUCAGAUUGCAGUCGGGAAGCGCCUGGUUUUAGCUGGAAGUGCUGGGGCUAUGAAAUCUCAAGGUGAUACAGCAUAUGGAGCCAAUAUGGAAAUCCGCUUAAAGGGUAAGGAUUUUCCUCUAGAGCAGAACCAGACCACAUUGGGACUGUCUUUGGUGAAGUGGAGGCGUGACCUGGGUCUAAUGGCCAACCUACAGUCUCAGUUCUCUAUUGGACGUAGUUCAUCAAUGGCUGUCCGUGUGGGGUUGAACAACAAGCGGAGUGGGCAGAUCACUCUCAAAGUAAGCAGCUCAGAGCAAUUACUGAUAGCACUUGCUUCCAUUCUUCCGAUUGCAGCCUCCAUCUUCAGGAUGAUCUAUCCUGGCUCUGAUAGAUCCUGAAUUUUUGUUUACUAUAGCGAUUCUAAUUCAUUUUAGCUACCUAGUAGGUUUUCUGAACUUAAAACUUCAAUGAAACAGAACCUACUCAUUAGAUGGUUAUGAGCCAGCUUGUUCAUUGUAUAAAAUAAAUUAAUAUUUCUUUACAGCAGCUGGCCAAAUGAAUGCACUUUGAUGAG